AUGGAACAAGCAAAGAACAAGCAUCACCAAACACGAGUUUUCAUCUUGUUCUUGAUUAUCAUAUUAUAUUUAACAAGCACAUCAGGAUCAUCAUCACCGGAGACAUCACAAAAUAGAAAGCAUCACUUUGUUCUAGUGCAUGGAGCGUGCCACGGAGCAUGGUCAUGGUACAAGGUUAUUACACUUCUAAAAUCAUGGGGUCACAAUGUAACUGCCUUAGACUUGGCAGCUUCAGGAGUGAACCAAAAGCAGGCUUUGGAGCUUAAUUCAAUUUCUGAGUACUUUGAACCUCUGACUGAGUUCAUGAAUUCAUUAGUGGGUGAAGGUGAAAGAGUGGUUCUUGUUGGUCAUAGCCUUGGUGGCUUGGCCAUAACCUAUGCCAUGGAGCAUUUUCCUCACAAAAUUUCUGUAGCAGUCUUUGUUACUGCUUUCAUGCCUGGUCCAACACUCAACGUAUCCGUUGUCUAUCAAAUGGUAAAGCUAUUCUUCUUUGUCUUUGUUGUUUAA